UAGGUACGCAUGCGCUAUAGAACUUGUUAUCGUUUUCGUAUCGUUUCUGCGUUUUCGUGGUGACGGGUCGUUUUAUAACGAAAACGCUUCGUGUGGACACGGAUCUUUUUGAUAACGGAACAAAUGGUUUGCGUUUUAACGAAUACGUGGGGACAGGGUCUCACUGUCCACUACACAGGGAGCCCAGAGUCGUAAAAUUUCCCGCCAAUUUCUUCCAUUGCGCGCGUUCACAAGAAGUCAGUAGUCAGCACUCAGUCUGGGUCAAAGGCUCAUAAUUUCGAAGAAGAAAACAGAAAAAUAAUGGCAGAUUGGGUUCGAUGUAACAUUUGCUGUAAAAAGCCUUCGAGUGAAAGACAAUUUUUCUUGACUAAUUGCGGUCAUUUGUUCUGUAAAAAUUGUAUUGCAGAGAGCCCAGAAAAAUGUCGAAAAUGCGAAAACUCUUGCAAGGCGAUUGUGCUGACAUCUCAGAUGAAACCUGAAGUUGAAGAGCACUUUGUUGAUCUUGCUACUCUAAUAAACAAACAACACAAGAAAUUGCUUCAGGUAUACGAGUUUCAAAAAUCCCAUUGGCGACAGAUAAGUAAAUGUCAUGAAAAACAAGAAGCUACUUUGGAAAUGGUGAAAAAGAAGCUCCCACCACUGUUACAAAUGGAAAAGGAAGUUCAAGAAUUGAGAAAAGAGAAUAGCCAGUUAAAGCAGCUGCUUAGCGAGAUCCAGCAUGCAUCACCAUCAGGAAGUACAGGGAAGAUGCCGUCACCUGGGACCACUCUCAAGAGGGGACAUGGGAAUGCAGCCUCACCUUAUGGGUCCUACUCAAAAUCGGCCACAAGCACACCAAAGUCUGACAUUCAUCUACCUCAAAAUUGGCAGUCACAGGUUCCCCGCACUCCGGCAGGACCAUCAAGGCUUGUUGUUCGUACGCCACCAUCAAAUGGCAUGAUUGGUACACCUCGACGCCUUCCAUUUCCCUCGCUGCGCCAACGCCCUGGUUCCGCUGGUAACACUCCUGGGACUAUGAAUAGGACGGCAAACACGCCAGGAUCACAGGAAGCCAUCACGCCGUCAAUAUUCAAAGCUUCUGGUACGCCAGGGAACUUCUCACCCAUGAGUUUAGGAUCUCCUUCAAGCACACACGCCAGGGUUAGUACACCUCAAUUUAUCAGUUGCAGUCAGACAUCCAUCAAUAGCGGCAUGGGGGCAUGCCUGAAUAGACGCCAGUCUCCCAGCGGCUCACAGUACAGAAAUUCAUCUCCCUCGACAGGCAGGUGGUGAAUGCUGCUUACCAGACGUUCUGCUGAGUAUCGGGAAAUACACCAUUAAAAGUAUAAUUAUUCGUUAUUUAAUAUUAUUUAUUUCUCCUAAGACAUGCCUUUUUUCACCCGCACUAGAUCACCGACUGUAAAUAUACCGGAUUUAUGGGAACUUGCAUACAGACGCUGAAAAGUACUAUUAUGUAUGCAUGUUUUUGAUCUCGGCUCUCUGUAUGGGAAUUGCUUUUUUUUUUUUUUUUUUUUUUUUUUUUUUUUUUUUUUUUUUUUGUCGUGUCAGGAAAUGCUUUCUGUAUAUUUAGACCGAUCUAAAAACAUUUAUUUAAAAAAAUACAAAACUGUCAAAUGUUCAGAGUCAGCUAGCAUGGAGUUAUACAUUAAAGAUUAUCGAAUAUCUUGCACGGUCUCGCAUUAGUCCAGACCAGGACUAGGACUAGGACUCUGGACUAGGUCUCGCAUACGCUGAUUAUUUGUAGAACAAAUUGAUAAUAUUUUGAGUUUGCAUUUUUUAGAUUUUUUUAACCCAUGAAGACUGUAGAAGCAAAGACAAGUGAUAUUUUGCUCUAUUUGUGUAUCAGAGUAAGACAAUACAGUUACAAGGCAUGAAAAGAAGUGCCUUUCCAAAACUACUACAAAGUUAACAUCUUUAUUACGGUUUUCCCGAGGCUGAGAAAGACAGGUUGUCUGGGUUCUACUGCAAUUAGGCUUACCUCAAAUUCGAAGAUGACGUGGCUUAUGUAAUUAUAUUUCCGAUAUAUACACUCCCAAAGAAAACAGAUGCAUGACCCAUUUGCGGUAUACCAGGAAUCCGACAUGUAUUUGCUCUUGUUAAUUAUUUAUCCCGAAGAGUUAACAUAACAGUGAUAUUACGCUUAUUUAUUAAAUUUCAAUACAAGUA